AUGGCGAGCACGGACUGUCCGGGAAAGGAAAGCGUGGGGGGCAGGAAAAGGAAUUUGGCCCUGCUGAGGAACAAGCUGUACAUGGGGGAGAGGAGGAGGACGGAGCCCGUGGUGGAGAGCACCAGUGCCACCGGGGACCACGGCACCUUGAGGAGGAGUCAGUCCGACAGGACAGAAUACAGCCAGAAAUUACAAGAAAAAAUGGCCCCGCAGACAGGGUCCUCAACCCCUGAUGCUUCGCCGCAGGAGGACCAAGAACAAGUUAGCAGACGCAUGAUGGCCAAGAGGGUGAAAAUCAUUGCAGAACUCAUGCAGACAGAGAAAGACUAUAUCAGCGACCUGGAUCUCUGCAUCAAGGAAGUGAUUCAGCCCCUGAGAAACAAGCAGAUUGCUCGCUUUGACGUGGAUGGCUUGUUUAGCAACAUUGAAUUGGUCCAUCAAGUAUCAGCCAAACUGCUGUCGUUGUUGGAAGAAGCCACGACAGAUGUGGAACCACCCAUGCAAAUAAUCGGGGAAGUGUUCUUGCAGAUUAAAGGCCCACUAGAAGACACAUAUAAAAUCUACUGCUAUCGCCACGAUGAUGCACACACCAUGCUGGAAUCCUAUGAAAAGGAUGAAGAACUGAAGCAGCAUUUAAGACACUGUAUACAGUCCUUAAAAAAGAUAUAUGAGGAAGAAGGAAAGCCAAAUCUAAUGGACAUGGGAUCCCUGAUGAUCAAACCGGUGCAACGGGUGAUGAAAUAUCCCUUGCUACUCUGUGAACUCUUGAAUUCAACUCCUGCUUCUCACCCUGACCACAAGGUGCUACAAAACGCCCUUUUUGCUAUGAAAAACAUUAAUGUGAACAUCAAUGAACUUAAAAGGAGGAAAGAUUUAGUGCUGAAGUAUAAGAGGAACGAUGAUGAUGAAUCCCUUAAAGAAAAGUUUUCCCGACUGAAUAUCCAUUCCAUUAGCAAGAAAUCCAAGAGGGUCACCAGCCAUCUGAAAAUACUGACGGGGGGAGAACCUCAGGUGAAAGAUCAAACAUUUAAUAAGGAAGAAAAGUUGUUCCGAAGUUUAGAGAAGACCGUGAAAUCGUGUGUGAAGAAUAUUUCACUCUCCUCACAACAUCUACAGGAUUCCAUACAUCUCGCUUCACACAAUAUAAUUGGGCUUCAGGAAAUCUUGCAAGACAAAGAUGGCGAAGUCAACAACUGUUUGAAAAAACGGAACAACACUGCAAAUCUCUGUGAAGACCUUAUGGCUCAGCUGGACAAACUUGUUUUGUCUCCUCUCUCAGCGCUACAAGCCUUGUUUUCAGGCCCACAGAAGCUCAUCCAGAAGCGCUAUGACAAGUUGUUGGACUACAACAGCUACCUUCAGAGGUCAACAGGAGAAGAGCUGGACCUGGCAAAGAAAGACUAUGAGGCUCUAAAUGCACAGUUAGUGGAAGAACUUCAGGUAUUCAACACAGCAGCCAAAAAGAUUGUGUUGAACUGCCUGCAUUGCUUCAUCACCCUCCUCAGGAAUAUUAUGUCUGCAGCACUUCAAUCAAAUUCGGCUGUGGUGGUGCCUGUUCCACUGUCUUCCUCAAGCAUCUGCGAAGUGCAGAAUCAGUUGAUGGAGGAGGUUCACAAGCUGAAUUUUGUAAAAGAAAACAGCAGCGCAACCUUUAUUGAGAGAAAAUGGAGCCUGGAAAAAAAGAAACCUGUCCCUUCUCCACUUGAAGCCCCACGUCAAACAGAAGGCCACAGGUCCAAGCUGUUGACUACGUACAACACAGAAUUGCUAUACCAAGCCAAGCGCAAGUGCAAUGCCACGCAGGAAUUUGAUAUUGAUUUACAUGAAGGAGAACUGGUGGCUGUUGUGGAGCAAAAGGACCCCUUUGGAAGUACAAGCAGAUGGCUUGUUGACACAGGAAUCCUCAAAGGGUAUGUGUAUUCCUCCUUCCUGAGGCCUUACAAUCCAGCCAAAGUGCAAAAGGAUAUCGCAGAAAACAGCUUCGGUGAUGAUGACUUUGAUAAUAUCAGCCUCUUUGUCUCUUCACGACCCUCUACUGACGGCAGCACAAGAAGUCUGGGGCACAAGAAGAGUGACAGCAGCUCAUCUCUUCGCUUCUCUGAAAAUCCCGCAAUUAAUGGCACAGGGACUGAUGCUUUUCAGGAUAUGGAUGAUCAGCAUACCUUCUAUGCUGUUUAUGCAUUUCAAGCAAGAAAUGAUCAGGAACUCAGUCUUCAGGAGUACCAGAAGGUUAGGAUACUUCGGUUUUCUGACCUGAGUGGCAAUAAGGAAUGGUGGCUAGCAGAAGCAAAAGGUCAGAAAGGAUAUGUACCAUCUAAUUAUCUCGGGAAGAUGACAUACGCUUAGGAAGAGAAAGGCCCAUUGAGCCAGUUUCUCUGCAGUAGACAGAAUAAUCAUCUAUUACAGUUUGCAGCAAGCAAGGCAAACUCACAAGUGAUUGACAGAAGCCAUGGUAUCUGGUACAGCACAGAUGAUAUUGAGAACCUCCAUCCUCUAAAAGCCAUCACCUUGUCAAGACCUGAGGGAGGAAACAUUUAACAGGAAGACUGAUUCUGAUUAACAUCCUGAAGAGCUUGCUUUUCUAUUACCCCUUAAUUUUCUCUUUUGUCAAAGCAUCCUACGUGAAAAGUCAACCUACAACUACAAAUCACAGCUAAAAUUAUGUUUUUCUUCCAUGAUAUUUAGCAAAUACUAUUAAAGAUGAAGAGAAUUAGCCUUGAAAAAGGACAAAUUCAGUCUUCAGGGAUGCUGUAGUUCAGGCUGAAUUGUUCCUGAACAAAUGUUCAAAUCUCAAUGAAUGUAGAUAUGGCUUAAAACUUGAGCUUUUUCGCUGUCUGUUUUUAUAUGGAAAUGGGGGGAGGGAAAGAGGGGGCACAAGAAACAGGUACUGUGAAAUAAAGAAGUUAUAUUCAAAAGGGUUACACAACUAUUUCAUAUGGUAGGAAACAGUUUGUAGCAAUAUGAAAGCACCCCAGGUUUGAAAUUCCACAUACGUCUCCACACUAACUGCUUUGUAGUGCAAGAUCUGUGUAGUGAAAUGAAACUUGUGUUAUUAGACUUGGGAAUUUAUUAAGAUUUAAGAAAAAAAAAAAAAGUCAAGCUGUGCCUUUCAGUGAAUAUUUACUGCCUAUCUGAUUCCUUAGGUCAGACACAGGCAUCAUAACAUCCAGUGAAUAAGCUGGAAGUGAAGAUGCAUCAAAAUUUUCAGGGGAAAAAAAAAAUCAUCAUUCUCAAAGUGUCUGAAGUUAGAUUGAACAGUGAAGGCUGUAUCGAUGAGCUGAUUCACUGUUUGCGGAAUUCAGUCAAAAGUCCUGUAUUUUGCUAAACUAUCCUCAAAACGGUCGAGGCUAUUUUAACAAGUUAAUAUAGUCCACAUUGCAUCCUCAAUGAGCAUUAAAAAAAAAAUCCCAAGGAAGAAUCUAAUAUCAAGUAGUACUUCCUUAGGUCCACUGACUGCAGCAGUCCUUAGGUCAGGCUGGUGCCCUACACUUGAGCCCGACUGAACAGUGACAGAACAACAUCUCGUUGCUAUUACCAUUGAUAACUCAGUGCUUAUCACAAUUUAUUUCAAUACAGCAAUGCUUGUCCUCUAGUGACAAGCAAGGACCUUCUUGCGCUAAGCAUUGCAAAAAGGAAACAAAAAAGUGACUAUGCCUGCAGCAGAUAGUGUAAUUGAAGGUAAACUCCUGUCAGGUGUUUUCUAUAUUGCUGCAUAAUUGCUUAUUACUGACUGACCAUUAAAAAGACAACACUGUUAAAAUUAAGAAGGGGGCAUGGUGUUGCUGAUCAAGGGUAUACAAAAAUUGUUCUAAAGCUUUUGUGCAGUUCUCUAUAGUUGAAGUGUGGGGUAUGAAGAUGAAAUGAUUCAAAAUCGUUAUUGAGAUGUAAUAGGAAAUAACCUGUCAGCAAAGAAAGGAUGAGAAAAGUUAGGGCAGUCGAUACAAACAAUAGGUUUUGCUAUACUAAUGAACCUAGUUUCAUUUUCUUUAGUGUCCCAAUUUUUCAUAUUAUUUUCCUAAAAAGGUAAAGAAAGUUCUUAAUCUUGCUCAGAAGAUGAAUGCAGUGGAUCAUAGAGAUGAGAACCUGAUAUUUGAGCUGGAUUACAUUAUAUGAUAGAGAAACUUUUUGAGUUCUCAGAGAUGGAUAUCCAGAAACUGGUAUGUGAAACUCUGUGAACUACUGCAAUCCAAUGAGCAGUAAGAAUAGAUAAUGCAUUAUUUUGCCUAACUGUACAUGACCUGAUGCACUUAAAUCUUGCUUUUUCCAUAGCAAGCAAAUAAGGUUCUCGUUCCUUUUGUUAAUGGAUGUAGCUGUUUUUAUGGAAGACUUUGCCUUUAGUUAAAUCCGCUUGGAAGAAUGGACCGAAAGACUCUUCCCUACUAAGCUUGCACUGCUUUGGAUUUUGUAUUUUAAGAUUAUGGGGAAGAUGCAUACAAGAAGCUUUUCAGUACGUCUUACAAUUUAGAAUAUUUUAUUUGGAGAUGAUCUAUACUUUGCAAUAGUCGAAACAGUUUUAGAAAUGACUGAAUUGUACUUAAUAGGCUUAAAGCAGUCAUGUAAGCACAAUGAUGAAGUUUUGUAUUUCAGACAGUGAAAUUAAUUAAGGGCAAGAGUCAGGAAAAAAAGAUUUCUGAAGUCUUAGCUCUGAGAACUCAGCUUGAGUCAUAGGGAGAGCUCUGAUUUUGAGUGUUAGGUACAUUCCUCAUGAAAAAUCAGGCUCUGUGAAGAUGUCUCAAAGCGUACUCAAAUGCUGCUCUCCAAAAUAUUCACUAGGUAUCCUGAAGUAACAAGGAAUGAAGGAUGAAAUAUACUGGAGCUGGCCAUCUAAAUUUCAUUGAACUUUCCUAGGACUUGGGAAUCCUACUAAGUCAUAUGAAAUCCCAGUGUAUGGUUAGGAGCCAUACUAAUUUUUAUAUUGUGGGAUAAUUUAUAUGACUUUUAUGGACUCUUAAGUUGGGAUCCAGAAAAAAUACUUUAUACCCAGGUGGAUUGGUGUACUUAAUUUCAUCGAAGUUUUAUCUGUUAUCAUUUGAUAUUACAGAUAUAUUGCAAACUUUUAUUUUUAAAACAUAUGAAUGCAAACUACAAUUGCAAAAAAUUAAGAGAUGCUCUUUGAAUCUAAAGCCUUCCUACAUUAAGGAGAUUUACAACAAUUCAUAUUAAACUUGCUCAGACACAUUUUUGUUAAGGUAGUGCUUUAAAUACUAGAAACUAUGUUAGGGCUCCAGAAAUUCCUAAGAAUAUGCAAUGUUUUUGCAGCCGUUUCCUCAACGUAGAGAAGGUUACAGUAUUCUAAGAGUUCUCUUAUUCUGAUUAAUGACAAAACUAACUUAUUUUCAUUGAAGCAGGGACAGGGUACAGUACAAUGGACCAAUCUUGCAUUUAUUCAAAUGUGCGUUUUACUAUUUGAACCACUGGGACAAUAAGCAAGUACGAGUACUUCCAAGAUUGAGUCCAUUCAAACUGAAGUGUUUCUCCAUUCAGGGAAUAUUUUUAAGUGUUGCCAUUGAUAGCCUGGAACCCAGAAAAUGUCUAAGCCAAUGAAGAGCAGAGAGCCUCUGGCUCUGACCUCUGGCACAUGUGUACUUCACCAUCUUCCCUCUGCUUGGAUAGUGCUUAUGAACCUUAAGUAAGGAUUCACCUUUCCAAUGAAAACACAGAUUGAAGAACUAUUCCUUCUGACCUUUCAUCGUAGGAAGCUUCACUGAGUAAUUACAUCCUUCAAACACUAAAGUAUACUUUUGCUGUCAUUUUAAGAUAGCUUGUAAAAAUACAGAUAUGUGAAGCUAGACCUAACACCUGCAAUAGGAAACACAGCCACGACAAUCCUUGUGCCUGUAGAUCUAUUACUGAUAAUUCCUCUUACA